UUGUGGGGAGUCACCUUUUAUGAAGCAAUGCCUGCAUAUACCAGCCCAGCACAGAAUCAAAGGUUUACAGCUGAGAAUCAAAGGAUUUUUAAAGUGAUGUUAUGUUGGAGGGGUCUAUAGGAUGGUGAUGUAACAACAACAGUGCAGUGUGAUGGGUGUCAGCACCAGUAUGUGAAGGAUGUUAGAUGGUAAAAGAAGGGAUGGAUGAUUAAGCUGAACUAAGGCAGUAAUGCAACAUCACAGAUGCGACUGCCGCAUCAACACCACCGACAACCGACCGAAUUUUUAAAUUCACAACACCCUGGCCACUGCAUCUUUUUCCUCUCUGCAAAACUCAGCACGGUUUUGUCCCUCGCUGCUUGUCUUCUGUAGUAACGGCAGAUCUGUUAGUUAUGGCUGAGGCUCCCACACAACGAUGCCGGUAUUUCUGUCACUUCUGUUCCUCAGAGAUUCGACCGCUCUUACCGGAUUACACCUGCCCACACUGUAAGUCAGGCUUUAUUGAGGAGUUACCAGAGGAGAGAAGAGAAAAUGCUUUUGCAUCAACCUCCAACAGUGAUCAAACCCGUACUGCUUUUGAGAACAUGGAUCUCCAGCAGUUACUCACACUCUCCUCUGGAUACGGACCCCUGACACUUGGGUUUUUCGAUGACAGUUUUGACUUUCGGACGAGGGUGCCUGCAGAGGACAACAGAGAGACAGAAAACAGGAGAGAACGGGAAAUGGGAUCACGCCAGAGAUACAGCGUGACCGUGAGGCGGGGUCGACACGCUCCUCGAAGACAGGGUACACGGCAAGAAGGAGUGCCCACGUUAGAGGGAAUCAUCCAGCAGUUGGUAAAUGGAAUCAUUGCUCCUACAACCAUUGCUAACCUUGGGAUGGGACUAUGGGGAAUGUUGCACUCCAAUCCAAUGGACUAUGCCUGGGGGGCCAGUGGACUGGAUGAAAUCAUCACACAGUUACUGAACCAGUUUGAGAACACAGGUCCCCCCCCUGCAGAUAAAGAAAGGAUAAAGACGUUACCCACCAUCUCCAUCACGGAGGAGCACGUGGGUGCUGGUUUAGAAUGUCCUGUUUGCAAAGAAGAUUACAGCGUUGAAGAGAGUGUUAGACAACUUCCGUGCAAUCAUCUGUUUCAUAAUGACUGUAUCGUGCCAUGGCUGGAGCAGCAUGAUUCCUGUCCUGUGUGUAGGAAGAGCCUUAGUGGAGAGAACACAGCCACAGACCCACCAGGGUUAGCAGGGAUGAAUUUCUCCUCCUCUUCCUCCUCCUCUUCCUCCUCCUCUUCCUCCUCCUCUUCCUCCUCCUCUUCCUCCUCCUCUUCCCCAACUUCAGUCAAUAACGAAGAAGGCACCAGCAACUCAAACUUGUAGAUUUUU